AUGCACCGCAUCACUAACAGACUAUUGGACCUCGACUGGCUAAAACACAUGUGGCGUCCAGAUUCUUUCUUCAAGAACGCCAAGUCCGUCACGUUCCAGACGAUGACCAUCCCCAACCACUACGUCUGGCUCUACAAGAACAUGACGAUCCUGUAUAUGGUGAAACUCACUGUCAAAUUUUCUUGUGCCAUGAACUUCCUCAUCUACCCGCACGACACGCAGGAGUGCAAGCUGCAAAUGGAGAGCCUUGCGUCGCGAACGCGCGACCGACAGGUUGCGCACGAGAUCAAAAAUGGAUGCCGUGAAGUGUAA